AUUCAACUUUGUUAGAUAAACAUGGCUGUCAUUAAGCUACUGACUUCUGAUAAUGUUAUUAUUGAGACUGAAAUGGAUUUAGUCAUGUGCUCAGGCACUAUAAAGGGUAUGUUGGAGAGCUGCAGCGGAGACGAUGAGAUUGUUCCGUUGCCAAAAGUGAGAUCGGCGAUUUUAAUAAGAAUUCUUCAAUGGGCCAAAUUUCAUCGGUACGAGUUUGCUGAUACAACCGCUGAGGAGGAAGCUGAAUACGUUUGCGGUGUGAUUUCUCCAUGGGAUAGCGAUUUCCUUAACGUUGAUAUGAGCACCCUUGUCGAACUGAUUGAUGUUGCCAACUUUCUGAACAUUCAGCGUCUUUUGCAGCUGGCCUGCAAGACUGUGGCUAAUAUGCUUGCGGGCAAGACCGCAGAUGAAAUGCGCAAGAUUUUGUGCAUCAAAAAUGAUUUAACUUUCUCGGAAGAAGCGGUGAUGCGCAAGGAGAGCAAAUGAAAAUAUCUUACAGUUUUUAAUAUGAUGUUGCUUUAAUUAAUAUUUCUGAAAUUAAACAGAUGACACCUGAAAGGUCUCUUUAUAUAUAACUAAAUGGAUUAAAUAUAAUAAAAAGUUCGCUAAAAGAAAA